AUCUGCUGUUGUAACGGGUCUAAUCAGGCCUAUGUCUGCCUUCUCCUUGAGCAGGCCAGUGAUCCCAUCUACACAGUCAUCCUACAGCAGCUCCCCACUCCAGGUUGCCCAGUGGGAGUUCCAGACCAGUGUUGUUUCCUGGGACAUUGACACAGUAGCCAAGUUUAUUGGCGCUGGGGCUGCCACAGUUAGUGUGGCUGGCUCAGGGGCUGGCACCAGAACGGCAUUUGGCAGUUUGAUCAUUGGCUAUGCCAGGAACCCAUCUCUGAAGCAGCAGUUCUUCUAUGCCAUUCUGGGCUUUGGUGUGUCUGAGGGCAUGGGGUUCUUCUGUCUGAUAGUCGCUUUCCUCAUCCUCUUUGCCAUGUGAGGGUCCAUGGGGGUCACCUACCUGUCCCUGCUGCUUUGACUUCAGGCCCUGCCUGGUGCUAAAAGUGUGCUAAGCUUUACCAUUAAACAAAACAUUUCUCUUAAAAAAAAAAAAAAAAAAAAAAAAGACAAGAAUAAGCACAUGAAAGUGUUCAACA